AUGUCAUCACUAGCAGCAGCCCAAGCUGAUGGGUACUAUUAUCCAUCCGAAUGGCGACCAGAGUAUGGCUCGCUUAACCAAUUUCAACAGUCACAUCCACUGGGAAAGCGUGCCAAACAUUUGGUCAGUGAUGGUGUAUUGGUAGUGCGCUUUGAGAUGCCAUUCCAUGUCUGGUGUUCGCACUGCAACGUGCAUAUUGGGCGAGGCGUGCGCUUUAAUGCGCGAAAGAAAAAGGUGGGCCAGUACUUUUCUUCUGUCGUGUGGGAGUUUUGUAUGAAAAAGCAGAGGCAGGGGGACGCCGAAGAGCUGCAGACGGAGCGUCUGAACGAACCUGGACUGGCUGCCAAGCUGCAGAGCGACCCUUUUAUUCGACUUGAACAUGAAAAUGAGGAUGAGAGAGCAGCCAAAAAGCGCUCGCGGGGACUUGAGGCACUUGUUCAGCUCCAGGAUGCCGAGUUUAAGGACGACUUUGCCAGCAACUCGGCGCUCCGAGAACAAUUCAGGAGAAAAAAGAAACAGCUUAAAACACGAGAGCAAGAGGCGAAACGGCUGGGAAUUGGUAUUCCACUACUUGAUGUGCAUCCGGAUGACGUGUUGGUGGCUAGAACAGUCGUGUUCAAGGGCCUUCCGCAGAAGCGAUGCGCCCCAAGCCAUCGACGAUCAGGGACAGAAAAGCUACGUUUUAGAAAACCUGCCCCAGCUGCGAUUGUGGACUCGUUUCAACAUUUUGGUGACUUUGCAGGGUCUCAUCUACAGCGCCUGAAGAUGGUUCGACAAGCUGCCAAGAGGCGACCUGCAAGAUGA